AUGGCUAAGUGGCUGGUCGCCGCCGCUGCGCUGGCUUCGCCGGCACUGUCGAUGACCCCAGAGGAAUUCAUCUCGGCCCCCCGACGAGGUGAAGCUGUUCCUGACCCUGAAGGAAAUGUUGCCUUUUUCCGCACCAGUCAAUAUUCCUUCAAGACGCACUCGUCCUCCCGCAACGAGUGGAGUCUUCUUGACCUGAGGAGCAGCAAGAUCAGCCCUCUUACGCAAGAUUCGAGCGUGUCUGAAAUCGUCUGGCUCGGCAAGGGCACUGAGGUUGCCUACAUCAACAGCACUAGCCCGGGAACUCCUGGCGGUGUUGACCUCUGGAUCUCAGAUACCAAGAGCUUCUCCAGCGGAUAUAAGGCGGCAUCGUUCCCUGGCCCGCUCAGCGGCCUCAAGGUCGUCCUCACCAAGAACGGCGAUGUAAAAUUCGUCUCGUACGGCCAGUCGUCCGCUGAUGGAAAGCUGUUCAACCCUGAGGCUGUGAAGAAGCCUCUCUCCAGUGCUCGUAUCUACGACAGCAUCUGGGUCCGUCACUGGGACUACUAUUUGACCCCCGAGUUCAAUGCUGUUUUCUCCGGCACAUUGUCCAAAGCCAAUGGUGGAAAAUACAGCUUUAAUGGAAAGCUCAACAACCUCGUGUCUCCCAUCAAGGGUGCUGAGUCUCCAUAUCCCCCAUUCGGUGGGACAGACCACUACGAUAUCUCCCCUGACGGCCAAACCGUUUGUUUCAUGAGCAAGGCCCCUGAGUUGCCCAAGUCCAACUUGACCACUACUUAUAUCUUCGUUGGCCCCCAGGACGGCUCUGCUACCUUUGCCCCAAUCAACAAGCGAGGCACUGGCGCUACGCCCAGGAACGCCCGUGGUGCUUCUACUGCACCAAAGUUCUCCCCCGAUAGCAAGCAAAUUGCUUAUCUGCAGAUGAACGGAGAGAACUACGAAUCUGACCGCAACAUCAUCUACAUUUCCACUCUGGGCUCGUCUCCAACCAUCCGGGCUGUCGCUGAUGACUGGGACCGAUCUCCUUCAUCCGUUGCUUGGACUGAUGAUGGUGAUACCCUCUACGUGACUGCUGAGGAUCGUGGAACCGUCCGUCUCUUCUCUGUUCCUGCCAAGGCUGGCAAGGGCGCCAGACCACGACGCAUUCUCAACGUUGGCUCCGUCAGCUCUUUCAACUUCCUUGGAAAAUCGAACCGCGUUCUCGUUUUUGCCAACUCGCUUUGGUCCAAUGCUCUUUACUACAUUGCCAACCCAUACGGCCCUCCCCAGAAGUUGUUCUUUGCAAACGAGCACGAGCCUGAGCUCAAGGGUCUCGGCCCUGAGGAUAUUGAUGAAUUCUACGUCCAAGGACAGAAGCACCCGGUCCAAUCCUGGAUUAUCAAGCCAGAGAAUUUCGACAAGAACAAGAAGUACCCCCUUGCUUUCCUCAUUCACGGUGGUCCUCAGGGCUCUUGGGGAGACUCCUGGAGCACCCGUUGGUGCCCUAAGGUCUGGGCCGAUCAGGGAUACGUUGUUGUUACUCCUAACCCCACUGGUAGCACUGGCUGGGGCCAGGAAUUUACCGACGCAAUCCAGAACGACUGGGGAGGUGCUCCAUACAACGACCUCGUCAAAGUCUGGGAACACAUCGACAAAAACAUCCCUUACAUUGACACUAAGAACGGUAUUGCCGCUGGUGCCAGUUAUGGUGGUUUCAUGAUCAACUGGAUCCAGGGCAAGGAAUUCGGAAGAAAAUUCAAGGCCUUGAUCACGCACGACGGAACCUUCGUCGCUCCAGCUAAGAUCGCCACUGAUGAGCUCUUCUUCAUGGAACACGACUUCAACGGAACUUUUUGGGAUGCUCGCGACAACUACGAACGCUUUGACCCCUCUGCGCCAGAUAACAUUCGCCAGUUCGCUACCCCACACCUUGUCAUCCACAACGACCUUGAUUUCCGUCUGUCUGUCGCCGACGGUCUCAGCAUCUUCAACGUCCUCCAAGGUCGUGGUGUACCCAGCCGUUUCCUCAACUUCCCAGAUGAGAACCAUUGGGUCCUUAAGAGGGAGAACUCCCUCGUCUGGCACCAACAAGUCCUUGGCUGGGCUAACAAGUACUCUGGCAUUGCCCAGAGCAACCCUAAUGCCGUCAAGCUGACUGACACGGUUGUCCCAGUCGUCAACAUUAACCCACAGUAA